UUCAUUGAUGGAUGUGUAAGUAACAGAGAAAAUCAAAUCCAACCCCUCAGUCAAGAAAAUACACAUAAUCAAAAAGACAAAUACACUUCUUUCUCCAUCUCUCUUUCUCUUUCUCUCUCUCUCUCUCUCUCUGGUGAUUUGGUGAAUAGUAAUCUGCUCUUACUUUCUUCUUUUCCUUUGGGGAAUUUUAUGGUUCUGUUUUUCCUUCAUCAACACCAUUUCUAACCAAACCAAACAGAAGAGGAAGAGAAAGAGAAAGAGAAAGAGAGAGUGAAAGAGAGAGAGCUUCACAUGGGUCAAUGCUUUGGCUCUCUCUCUUCUGCUCAAAACCCUUCAUCCUCUACCCUCUCCAAGGCUCAGUAUUCAGGGCGACCACCGCUAGCAGCGCCGGGAAGAGCCAGUUCUCGGAGAUUGCAAGCGGCAGCAUCAUCGAUGACGGGACUAGUUCGCUUCCAUCUUCAAGUGGCCAGAUCCUGGAGAGGCCUAAUUUGAAAGUGUUCAGUUUCGGGGACCUGAAAUCCGCGACAAAGAGCUUCAAAUCAGAUACAUUGCUCGGUGAAGGUGGGUUUGGCAGAGUAUAUAAAGGGUGGUUGGAUGAGAAGACACUCACACCAGCAAAGGCAGGGUCAGGGAUGGUGGUUGCUAUCAAGAAAUUGAACUCUGAAAGCACUCAAGGGUUUCAAGAGUGGCAGUCAGAAGUAAACUUCUUAGGAAGGCUUUCUCACCCGAACCUGGUAAAGCUAUUAGGGUACUGUUGGGACGACGAUGAGCUUCUACUUGUGUAUGAGUUCAUGCCAAAGGGGAGCUUGGAGAAUCAUCUUUUCAGAAGGAAUCCUAACAUAGAACCACUUUCAUGGAACACCCGAAUUAAGAUAGCUAUUGGCGCAGCAAGGGGCCUCGCUUUCUUGCACGCUUCCGAAAAACAAGUCAUAUACAGAGAUUUCAAGGCUUCAAAUAUACUACUUGACGGGAAUUACAACGCGAAAAUAUCGGAUUUCGGCUUGGCUAAAUUGGGCCCUGCUGUGGGAGCAUCACAUGUAACUACCAGAGUCAUGGGCACAUAUGGCUAUGCUGCUCCGGAGUACAUUGCAACAGGUCACUUGUAUGUGAAGAGUGAUGUCUACGGCUUUGGCGUAGUUCUACUUGAAAUGAUGUCAGGCUUGCGCGCGCUCGAUACAAAGCGGCCGACAGGGCAACAGAAUCUGGUUGAAUGGGUUAAGCCUAAUCUCUCCAACAAGAGAAAGUUGAAAACCAUAAUGGAUGCUAGGAUUGAUGGCCAAUAUUCACAAAAGGCGGCGCAGCAGGCGGCGCAACUCACUCUGAAAUGCUUGGAACCGGACCCCAAAAACCGACCGUCGAUGAAAGAAGUUGUGGAGGCAUUGGAAGCCAUAGAAUCAAUGCAAGAUAAAUCCAAGGAGUCCAAGAAUAGAGGUUCUCAUUCUUCUGCAGCCUCUAAGAGUCACCAUCAUUCAAGGCAAAGAGUUUCAAAAGCAAAAGUAUGAGAAAAAAAUUGUGAAACAUUUGGCAAAAUGAUCUUAUUGAAUAGUAAUAUAUGAUCCAAUCAAUAUGAAUUUUUAAUUUUUAAUUUUAUUUUAAUUUAUUUGUUUC